AUGUCGUCCACGUGGCUUCACGCGCUGCGGGCGUACGCGGCGCGCACUAAUGCGACGCCCGCAUCGCUCGCCGCUCGAUGUCGCCUCUUCGACCAACUGUGUGCUGUGCAGCUGCGCGGCCUGCCAAGCGCGCAGCUGCAUCCCGAUGCCCUCCCCGUCCUCCGCGAGGCGCGUUGGUCAUUGCUGCGUGAAGGCACCACUGCUGACAAGGCGGAGCUGCUGGAGCACAUUGUACGGCAGUACGCGCAAGCAAGCGAGAAGGCCAUGUACGCAGCGCCCACGGCGUCUUGCAGCCUGGACGGCAUAAGAGGCAGUGCAGACGCGCAGCGCCAGCAGCCGGGGAAGACGAGCAACCACACGCGCUCCCUGCAAGAUAGGUCGCCACAGCAUGCGACUCGCAGCGGUACCUCCGGUAGCCUCCUCUCCGGCGUGCAGCUCAGCGAGAUGAGUGUGCUGCAGCAGCUGCUGCUGGAGCAGGUGCAGUGUCUUGUUGAGGCCAAGGUGUCUGACAUUCCCUUGUCGGCGCGCCACUACCGCUACCCAAUGCGUUCCCCGCUGCUCGCCACGGUAAGCCCAGAGCUGCCGCUUCUCCUGCUGGAGGAGCUCACACAACAGAGCACAGCAGUGUCGUCGUCGUCGUCGUCGUCGUCAUCGGCUCAGUCGAACAUAGACUGGGAGGCGCGCGUUGACUGCUGUGUCGGCCUCGUCGCGGCGGGCCAUGUGCAGGAGGCGCUCGCUCUGUGCAGCGAUGAUGGUAGCACUUUUCGUACUGUGAUGCACCGCGUGGUGCCGCUGCGUCGCGACGGGUGGCGAUGCGCGUGGGCGCUGGCCGAUGCCGCCCCGCUCUCUCGCGUCCUCGACGACGCCACCGCCGCCGCGGGCGGCACUGCCUCUCUCCAUUGGCUGCGCGGGGUGCUGGAGGCGGUGGACAUGCGCCACCGAGCGGCCGUGGGGGCGCGGCAGGUAAGUGACAGUGCCAAUGCCGAACGGAAUCAUGUGUUCGAGUGGGUGGAUCGUCUGCGCCGCUUGAUUGUGCCGUCGAGCAAGGUGGCAUUGGCCGGUGCAGAGGGGCAGCAACAGCGCGUGUCCGCGACGGCGCUGCGGCUAAUCAUGGACACUUACUUGUCUGUCUGUCCAGCCAGCCGCUGGCGGGAUGCAGUCGGGGCGGUGCUGGAGCUAGCUGCUGCAACUGACGAAGCGUCUGCUGUGGCGCAAGCGGCAGCAGAGGGCAACUGCUGCGCCGACGCGGUGACAAUGGGGCGCCUCAUGUCCAUCCUCAAAGCGGCAGAGCAGCCAUGGAUGGUGCUGCUUUUCUUCUACGGCGACUCGCUGGCGCUGCAGGUCGCAUCUUCGCGGUCGCGCAACGACAGCAGCCCCAAGCAGCCUGACAGCGAUGCUCCCGCGAGGUGGCAAGUGAGCGACAAAUCUGUCCAGGCGAAGGUGGAAGAGUGUGUGCGAGCAGCGCGCGACGCCGACCGCCUCACAGUGGCAACGGGCACGAUCCUGAACGAACGCGACAAGCGCCACGCCGCUAUCUACAACCACGCCAUGGUCGCCCUCGCCGCCACGGGGCACCACACGGAAGCCAUGCACUUCUACCGUACGCUGCCGAUCCUGCUUGUCAACUGCUACACUCACUGGUCCGUGCUGCAGCUCUUCUUGCAGCCGACAAGGGACAGCCGUGCCGUCUCUGCGCUCCGCUCGUCAGAGAACUACAACCAUUGCGCGCGCGCUCUCCGACACCUAAUUCGAAUGAGCACGGCAGACUCAAAAGCAGCGCAUGCGCACACCCAAGUGAACGGCAACAACGGCAGCGUGCACCCGGCGACACCGAUCCGCUGCACACGCGACCAAGGCGGAGUGUGGGAAUCCAUGAUACUGUGGGCCGCACUUCGACGAGACACCGAGACGGUCGACCUGUGUGCCACGCAUGCGCCGGCCGUGUCUCGAUAUGCGCAUCUCAUUGCCCUGCUUUCCGCCGCUGCAUCGCGCGGCGACGGUUGGUCAGCGGCGCAGGCACAAGUCCGCCACAUGUGUGCCGCGCCGCGCACCACGCUGAAGGAGCUGAGCCUGGCGACGGCAGCCAUGGCCUCAUUUUUUCCACGCUGGCCGGCCGGUACUACCGCGGCCGAGCUGCCGGUGCGCGCGGAGCUGUUUGACGAGGUGGCACGCUCGAUGGCUCCCCUCGUCGGCCGCAGUCAGUCUCGCAUGGACGAGAUGCUCGAGCUCCUUGUCGGCUACUCUGUCAGCCUCCGGCGGCGCCGCCGUAUGCCCUUGACACCGCAGGACGAGGCGGCGGCACUUGAUGACAUCCUUGUCAAGGAGAACAUCCUCGCGAACACCAUGGACCUGGCCCGCCCGCGCGCCGGGUACGCCUCUGACGUCGACAGAGCGCACCACAGCUGCGACAACGGCGCGGCAGACGACUCCGGUGCGUGGCGCACGGUGGUGCACGUCAUGACCUCCGUUGCGGAGCGGCAGGGACUCUCGGCCGCGCGGGCCGCGCCAGCACUUGUGUCAGCCGGUGUCCCCGCCGAAAUGGCGAUCGACCUGCUGCCCACGUAA